UCUCAAAAUCUCCUACUGGUUGCUGGUGUCGCUGAGGGUGUCCAAAUCAUCUCUGUAUCAGAACAGCGAGUGAUUAAAAAGAUUCCCGUAUCUCAGCUAACGCUUCCUGGGGCACCCAUGGCCAUCUCUUCCACCAUGUAUAAAGACCACAUUGUGGACAUUCUGACGCAACCCUUUUUGGCACACUCAUCUCAUCUAAAAGGAAGCACCAGCAAGGCCGCCCACAUUCGCAUCGAUUUUUCGUCUGCGAACAAGCCACCAAAGGUUGAUUUCGAAAUGCAUCAUCUUGGUGAUAUUUCAGCUAAUAUGGACCUCGAUGUAGAGGAUGGUGAAGACGGAGCCCAGACAGCAUCUACCACACUUUUAUAUUCGUAUUUUGGCAUUGUUCGAUCUCCAUUCUCUGGAUCAUUUAUUGCAACACUUUCGGGCAUUGAUGGACCUGCAUAUCCCAAAACCUUCACUGCCCCCCUGCUGGCGAAGGUGUGCAGCCUUCAUGGUCAACUCGAAGAAGAUCAAAAAAUUGAUUCUGCUAACUAUUUACAAAUGAAUGGCGAGGACAAUCUAAUAUUUCCUAAAUGUUUGGACCAUGCUGAUGGGAGCUUUCCGAAGCGUGAUUUUAACCGUCCUUUUUAUGAAGUUGGUGCUUUAGUAAAGUCUUUUGGAUGGGAGCUUGGUAUGACUUGUAGCCUUCUUGCCGGAGGCUGGGGAGAGGCUGAAUGCGGGGGCUUCUUGGAAAAGGUUCUUGUUCCAGCUCCACCUGAGGAGUCUCCUUUGAUGCUACACCUAUCCAGACUCCAAAGAAACAUUUUUAUCCUUUACGCCGGUGGGGUCCAUUUGGACGAAUUCAAUCCAAUGCUAAGAGAUAGCGAAAGACAAAUUUUGCACCUGCUUAAUGGUUAUUUGAUUGCGAAAGUGGAAGCCAACUCCCAUCACGCUCAUGGGAAUAUUGAUCCAAACGAGGAAAAUUUAAGGAACUGCUCCCAUUGCUCGAACCCUCCAUUUCGCCUUUUUAAGCCUUUGUUGCAAAAUUCUUCUCAUGAAUUCAUUGUGAAUAACGGGUUCGAUAGUCUUUGUUCUUAUCAAGAGUCCAACUGUAUGUGGUGCGGUGUCCAAACCAAUCUAUGUCGUAAAGGUCUCAAUUCUAUCUGUCCUAUUUGA